CAAAUAUCUACGAAAAAUGGAAUUCCUCUCCCGUUAUUAUUAGUUUUAGCCCAUUUGAUGCUCAACUGAAGAGCAUACCGUUUCCUUCAGUCACUAUUUGUAAUAUGAACCAAGCGAAGAAGACAGAAGUCAACAAGAUAAAAGCAGAUGGAAAUCCAUUAGAUAUGAAAUUAUUAGAUGACAUCUGCAACGGCAAUGAUUCUAGUCAUAACAAUUACACUGGACAAUAUGACUGGACCAUGUUACGAAAUUUCUUGAUAAGAGUAGGAAAUUCUUGCUCAGAUAUGUUGAAAGCUUGCAAAUGGUCUAGCGAUAAGAAAAGUUGUGAGGAUUUAUUCAACAAUGAUUUGACAGAUGAAGGAUUAUGUUGUUCAUUUAAUAGACUACCUCCUACAAAAAUAUUUAGAAAUCCAAAUUAUCUUCCCUCAUUAGUCCAACCUAUUAAUAUAAAUCUAAUCCAAAUUUACGCACCCACAUCUGAUAAACCGGAAACUGAAGUUUUAGAUUUCUAUAGACAUAAGACGUCUUUCAGACGAAGAUACUGUAUCCGAGACGCAGAUAUUGCAUAG